CCUGCUUCGCCCUCAGCCCCGCUCAGAGCGGCCAUGGCGCGGCCCGAGGCUGGUUAUGAGGCGGCGGUGCCGCCCCGCCCCGCCUGCACCUACAGCAGCUGCUACUGCGAAGAAAACGUUUGGAAGCUUUGUGACUACAUCAGGAGUCAGGAUCGGUACCCUUUAGAAGAAUUUUAUGCUGUUUUCAUAUCCAAUGAUAAGAGGAUGAUUCCACUCUGGAAGCAGAAAUCUGGACAUGGAGAUGAGCCUGUUGUCUGGGACUACCAUGUUAUUCUACUUCAUCUUUCCAGUGGGGAGCAGAACUUCAUUUAUGAUCUUGACACAGUGUUGCCGUUUCCAUGUCCUUUUGAUGUGUACAGUGUGGAGGCCUUUAGGUUGGAUGACAGCCUUCAUCCAGAAUUUCACAGAAAAAUCAGAAUGAUUCGAGCAGAUUUGUACUUGAAGACAUUUGCUUCAGACAGAUCUCAUAUGAAGGAUGCAAAUGGGAAAUGGCAAAAACCUCCUCCUCCAUACCCUUGCAUUGAAACUGCAGAUUCCAAGAUGAACUUGGAUGAUUUCAUCAGUAUGAAUCCGGAAGUGGGAUGGGGCUCAGUGUUGUCCCUUUCAGACUUUGUGCAUCGAUUUGGCAGUCAGACUGAUUACAGCUAUUCCUUGGAAGGACAGUAAAGUGAACAAAGUUCUGGCUUGUUUUGCUGCUUUUACAUUGUAUUUAUGGUUUACAUUUCUGUACAUGGAAUAGGUAUUUGGAAAUAUAGAACAUCCAGACAGAAAUAUCAUGAACUGAAUAAAAACCUUUAUUUUAAUUAUGUAAGAAUGCACUUGGUUGUCAAUGUCAAAUCAAAGGCAGACAUGCCAUCAUAAGCAUAUUGCUUUUCCAGCUACUGUGCUGAAACUGAAAAGAGCUGCAAAAAAAGCUUUUGGAAAAAUAUGUGUAUAAAAUACUGAAUGUUGUAGCCUAAAUUGCUACAUGUUGUCACAUUUUAAAAGUGAGAUAUGGUUUUCUUCAUGUUGUGAUUGCUGUCAAUUAUAUGUAAACAGACAGUGCA